AUGAAGCGGGAGAUCAAGUGUUUAUCAAAGUUAACACCGAUGAAAAGACAGAUGAGAUUUGACAAAAAGGGAAAACUGACUCCUCGCUACAUUGGGCCAUUCCAGAUUCUUGAAAGGUUGGGUCCUGUUGUUUACCAUAUCACCUUGUCACCUGGGAUGGAACAAAUGCAUAAUGUCUUUCACGUGUCCAUGCUUCGUGGGUAUCUUAGAGAUCCGUUCCAUGUGAUUGACCACCAUCGGAUUACGUUAGAUAAGAAUAUGAUUUAUGAAGAAUGGCCCAUGAAAAUUAUUGAUCAACAAGUAAAGAAAUUGAGAAACAAAACUAUCCCUAUGGUGAAGGUCGAGUGGAAAGACCAUUAUGGGAAAAGGCCACUUGGGAAAAUGAUGAUGAGAUGCGGCAAUGAUAUCCGCACUUGUUUCCGUUUGAAGGAAACUUAA